AUGACCCUUUCCAGUCUUGUGAAUGACGUCUUCUCCGGGACGACGUCUUCUCCAGUCUUGGGAAUCUUGGGAUCCCUCCCUCUCAUGAAUAAUAAUGCUUUUAAGUUGGUUAUGAUGGAAAACCAAACGGAAUUGAUUUUGCUUGGCCUGUCGGACCUCCCAGAUUCUCAGAUCCCGGUAUUCCUGCUGAUCCUCCUCGUCUAUGUGACCACACUGCUUUUAAAUCUUCUCAUCAUUUUCCUGGUGGUCUCAGACUCCCACCUGCACACCCCCAUGUAUUUUUUCCUUUGUAACCUCUCAGUUUUAGACAUAAUCAAUUCCUCUAUUUCCACAUCUCACAUGUCUUUUGACAUCGUUACGGGAAAUGGGCUGAUCUCAUACCCAACUUGUAUCUCCCAAGUCUUCUUCUUCACCUGGUUUAUCAGCACAGAGUCCUUUGUACUUGACAUAAUGUCCUACGAUCGCUAUGUUGCCAUCUGUCUCCCUUUGAGUUACACAACCAUGGUGAGCAUUCACUUGUGUGUUCAGUUGGCGUUCUUCUUCUGGCUCCUCAGCUUUGUCUGGUCCUUGUUGCACACGCUUUUUGCUCUAAGAUUGGCCUUCCCGGACCCCACCACCAUCCCGGGAUUUUUCUGUGAAAUUUAUCAACUGAUUCGACUGUCCUAUUCUGACACGUUCCUCAAUUACUUACUUAUAUAUUUGGAAAUUGGAAGUUUUGGAGCCCCUGGUUGUUUCGUUACUUUCCUCUCCUAUGUCUACAUUUUCAAAACCAUCCUGAAAAUUAAAUUAAAGGACGGAAGGCGGAAAGCUUACUCCACCUGCAGUUCCCACCUCAUGGUGGUCUUCAUCUUUUAUGGGACUGUUUUUUCCAACUACCUUCAACCCAUAAGUAAGGAUUCCCUGGGCGGCAGAUUGAUCUCUUUAUUUUAUGCCGUUUUCACUCCUCUACUAAACCCGAUUAUAUACAGCUUGAGAAACGCUGAACUAAAAAAAGCUCUUCAAAAAACACUUAUCAGGAUUGGCUCAAAGCCAUGA